CAAAACGCCAAAGCCAUUUAUUUUUCCUACACCCUUAAACCCUUCGCUUCGCUUGAAAACCCUCCUCUCCUUCGUCACUCGACUCAGCUCCAACUCAAACUUCCAAUGAACUUUUCCAAACCACCUUCCUUUCCCGAGAAAAUGAGCUCCGAAAACUCCAACGCCUCCAAAAUUUUCCCACCACCUCCACAGCUUAACCUCCAACAAGCCUUCUCUAACUUCCAACACCAUUGCUCUAACCUCCUCCACCACCUUCCGAACCCUCUUCCUUUAAAAUCCACCUCCACUGCUCUCUCAGACCUCCAACAACACGCAAGACAUGCCCUGGACCCCAAGAUUUCGGGCUCUUCUUCUGGGAAGAACCCGGUUUGGGCUCGGGUUGCCGGACCCCCUAACACCCGGCGCACGCCGGUUCCCCAGUCUAGUGGUGGUGGGGGUGUGGCCCUGUCGACCGAGGCCAUUGAAGAGCGGCUGGCGGGCGUGCCUGUCUACGCGCUGAGCAAUGCCAACGACGAAUUCGUGUUGGUUUCGGGCGUCUCAAACAAGAAAUCUCUUGGGUUGUUUUGUUUCAAGAAAGAGGACGCGGAGGUGCUUCGUGAGCAUAUCCAGAGCAUGGACCCAUCAUCACAAAGUGGUUCCAAAGUGGUGGCUGUUGCUCUUAAUAAGGUUUUUCAGUUGAAGCAUAAUGGGGUGGCCUUCAGGUUGAUCCCGGAGUCUUCGCAAGUCGCAAACGCGCUUAGGGUGAUGGAAGAGGUUGGUAUUACUGACGAUGGCUUCUCUGGAGUUCCAGUUUUCCAGUCAAGGAGCUUGAUUCUGAGGAGCGAAAACAAGAGCUAUCGUCCAGCUUUUUUCAGAAAGGAGGAUUUGGAGAAUUCCCUUCUAAGGGCUGCCAAGGAGCAGAAUCAAAUAAAUCCUGCUUACAAACGAGGGAACAUUCAGGUUGCUGUUCUUGAGGAAGUUCUCAAGGGAAUGAAGGAGAGUUCUACUCCAAAUUGGGAUGACGUUGUUUUCAUACCUCCUGGUUUCGAUAUUUCUACUGAUCCCACCCGGAGAUAGCCAAUUACAAAAUGAGUUGGUCGUGACAUCUUCAUGUAGAUCAUCAAUUAAGUGAUAGUAUGAGAACGGUGUCUUCAUGAUUGAUUUUGGCAUCAUCUCACAUCGUUCAUGUAGAGGGACUGGACAUAUAACUAGCAAGCAAACGGGUACAAUCAUGUACCACCUCAGCAAUGUGAAGUAUUCUAUUUUAUUGACUGCGAGACAAAUUUGGCUAUCUUUA